UUUUUUUUUUUUUUUUGUCUUCUCGGGGACAAAAAGACAUUCGCCUUCCUUUCCACUGAUCGUCGCUGCACACUGAAGGGGGAAAAUGUCGUUUUAGCUCAUUUGCAAGAUGUGCAGCCGCCUCGUUUCUAAUUAUAGCCAGUCUUAUUUCUGCCUAUUGCAUUAUGGAUGCCCGUGGAAGGGGGUUCCGUCCAGAUAGCGUGGGAACGUCUCCGUAGAGGCUGAAUGCAACAUCCCCUCCGCCUGCACCGCAUUCGGCGCGUCGUGGCCGCGGCGUGAGCGCACAACGCGAGGUCGGGAUGUGGCGGAUGUGAAAGCGGGGCGCGAUGCGGGAGUACAAAGUGGUGGUGCUCGGCAGCGGCGGGGUGGGCAAGUCGGCCCUGACCGUGCAGUUCGUCACCGGAACAUUCAUCGAAAAAUAUGACCCGACCAUCGAAGACUUCUACCGGAAGGAGAUCGAGGUGGACUCGUCCCCGUCGGUGCUGGAGAUCCUCGACACGGCCGGCACCGAGCAGUUCGCCUCCAUGCGGGACCUUUACAUCAGGAACGGCCAAGGCUUCAUCCUGGUCUACAGUCUGGUCAACCAGCAGAGCUUUCAGGACAUCAAACCCAUGAGGGACCAGAUUAUCAGGGUCAAGAGGUACCAGCAGGUGCCGGUGGUGCUGGUGGGGAAUAAGGUGGACCUGGAGGACGAGAGAGAGGUGUCGCCCGGCGAGGGCCAGGCGCUAGCAGAAGACUGGGGCUGCCCCUUCAUGGAGACCUCUGCCAAGAGCAAGACGAUGGUGGAUGAGCUUUUCACCGAGAUCGUGCGGCAGAUGGAUUUUUGCCCACUGCCAGACCGCAGAGAGGCGUGCUGCCCCGCCUGCAGCGUACAGUAGCGGGUUGACAGAUCCCAAGACGUGGACAAAUAAAAUGAUGAUGAGAGAGUGAAGUUGGAGAGGACUCAAGGAAAAAUGUCGCUGUUGCCAUUUCUUAUUUCCGUGUCAGUCACGCGCUUUGGCUGAGAGGCAUGCUGGGAAAUGUAGGAAAGCACCCGGUGAAGUAGACAAUUGAGAUGAAAUCUAAUCCCUUGGACACAGGGUGGAUUUUCUUUUGAACUUCCACAUCCAUCAGCCCCCUCCUGGUAAACAGCCAAUUUCAGGGGCUUUCCCAAAGGCGGCGCAGUGCCAAAAACCACCUUAAAAGCCAUCAACAAAGAGGAUCGGAGCCCUAAAUCAUUUUGGGAAGCCAAGAAAAAGACAGCGGCAAAUAUAUAACAUCUGUCCUGUUUCCUUUCUGCACUCCUCUUGACGGUGCAAAGAUCAAACGGCAGAUUUCUACACCGAUGUCAAACAGCACCACUGUGAAGGUGUCACCCCAGAGGUCGGCCCAGCAGUCGGCCCGCCUAACAAUGAAUGAAUGAAUAGAUGAAUGAAUGUCCCAAGAAUAAAAAGCUGCACCUCUUGAGGAGACAUCCCAAACAUGGAUGAUGUGUGCAUGAAGUCAUACUCUCACGCUGACCUCGAGUACAAUCUCACCCAAAGAGACAAUGUCAAUCAAUCAUUAUUGAAAUGUGCAGACACUUGACACCUUACAGAUGAUACAAAUGCCUUGUAUGCCUAACAUGGUAGUGACAGUGUGUCUUGAAUUGCAUUAGUUAGUGGAUCUCAUCAACACUUAUUUUCAACUCAAAUAAAUAAAAACAUACAUCUUUAUGCACCACUGUA